AUGAGCCGAUCACCUCUCCAUCCUAUCCCACUCCUACCUGUGGGCUCCCAGGAUGCCCCUGCUCCCCUGCCACCACUGCUGCCCCCUCCCCAGAAUCCCUCCUCCCAUUCAUGGGCCUCUCGGUGUGGGCCUUCCACCUGGGGCCUCAGCUGUCUUCUGGCUCUGCAGCAUUUCCUGGUCCUGGCAUCUCUGCUCUGUGCCUCCCACCUACUGCUGCUCCACAGUCUUCCCCCAGGGGGGCUCUCAUACUCGCCUGCUCAGCUCCUGGCUUCCAGUUUCUUUUCCUGCGGUGUGUCUACGGUCCUGCAAACUUGGAUGGGCAGCAGGCUGCCUCUAGUCCAGGCUCCAUCCUUAGAAUUCCUUAUCCCUGCGCUGGUGCUGACAAACCAGAAGCUACCUCUGACCACCAAGACACCUGGAAAUGCUGAGCAUCAUAGAGAGAGAGAGAGAGUCUCUCUCUCACUGCGCCUGUGUAGUUCGACAAGCUGCCGUGGCCUGGAGCUCUGGAACACUCCUCUCCGAGAGGUGUCGGGGGCAGUGGUGGUAUCCGGGCUGCUGCAGGGCACAGUAGGACUUCUAGGGGUGCCUGGCCGUGUGUUCCCCUUCUGUGGGCCACUGGUGCUGGCUCCCAGCCUGGUUGUAGCAGGGCUCUCUGCCCACAAGGAGGUGGCCCAGUUCUGUUCCGCUCACUGGGGCCUGGCCUUGCUGCUCAUCCUGCUCAUGGUGGUAUGUUCUCAGCACUUAGGUUCCUGCCAGGUACCCCUGUGCUCCUGGAGGCCAGCUUCAACUUCUUCUUCAACUCCCAUUUAUAUGCCUGUCUUCCGACUCCUUUCGGUGCUUACCCCUGUGGCCUGUGUGUGGAUCAUCUCUGCCCUUCUGGGUCUGAGUGUCAUCCCCCUGCAGCUCUCAGACCCCACUGAGGCACCAUGGUUUUGGCUGCCUCACCCAGGUGAGUGGGAUUGGCCCUUGUUGACGCCCAGAGCCCUGGCUGCGGGAAUCGCCAUGGCUUUGGCAACCUCCACCAGCUCCUUGGGCUGCUAUGCCCUGUGUGGCCAGCUGUUGCAUCUGUCUUCUCCACCAGCACAUGCCUGCAGUCGGGGGCUGAGCCUGGAGGGGCUGGGCAGUGUGCUGGCGGGGCUGCUGGGGAGUCCCCUGGGCACUGCAUCCAGCUUCCCUAACGUAGGCACAGUGAGUCUUUUCCAGACCGGUUCACGGCGAGUAGCCCACCUUGUGGGGCUGUUCUGCAUGGGGCUUGGGCUCUCCCCAAGGCUGGCUCAGCUCUUCACCAACAUCCCACUGCCUGUGCUUGGUGGGGUCCUGGGAGUGACCCAGGCUGUAGUUCUGUCUGCUGGAUUCUCCAGCUUCCACCUGGCUGACAUUGAUUCUGGACGAAAUGUCUUCAUCGUGGGUUUCUCCAUUUUCAUGGCCUUGCUUCUGCCAAGGUGGCUCCGGGCAGCCCCGGUCCUGCUCAACACAGGCUGGAGCCCCUUGGAUAUGUUCCUGCGUUCAUUGCUGGCAGAACCCAUUUUUCUAGCUGGUCUUUUGGGAUUUCUUCUAGAAAACACCAUUUCUGGUACACAGAUUGAGCGAGGCCUAGGUCAAAGGCUGCCGACUUCUUUCACUGGCCAAGAAACUCAGAAGUCCAGGGAGAAGGCUGCUCAAGAGUAUGGGCCUCCUUUACCCAUUCAAAACCUGUGUUCCUGCAUCCCACAGCCUCUCCAUUGCCUCUGUCCAAUGCCGGAAGACUCUGAGGAUGAGGAAGGAGGGCCCUCUGAGACCGAAGAGAUGGCCGACUUGUUGCCUAACUCUGAGUCAGAGUCAUGCCCUACAACUAGCAAAGAAGGGUUUAGGUCCCAGUAA